CUGUACUACGCAGGCGCAGGUUCGCUCGGGACCGGACUGUUUGUUCGGCCCUUUGUUCUUGGGCCCCCCUGGUAAAUUGCAGGAAAUCAAACCGAAAAGCUGGACCAAGAAAGACUUCUUGUAGAUGGAAUUUUAGUCAAUACUUGAAGGACUCAAUACAGGAAGCCUUGGGACUGAGAUCUCUCUGCCUUCUUCUUUGGGAACUAAGAUCUGCUUUCUCCCUUUGGAGCAGACGUCUUUUUGCUUUCUCUCAGAGCCAAGAUCUCUCAGCCUUUUGGAAACCAGCUCUGAAGGUGCAAGUCCCAGCCUGACGAUACCUGCUGGCCUCCUCUUUUUGUUGGCGUCUGUUCCCUGAGGACAAGUCCAGAAGCUUGACAACUCUUUUGGACCUCACCUUCUAUAAAUCCCUGUGGCCCAAUUUCUGCCUAGGAGGAGAAGGGGAAAACUUCUACCCCAGCUUCUUCUUUCCCAACUCAACCUUCAAGGCCUGGAAUCAGAAGGAAUGGCUCCUGGGACCCAGAGACCCCCACCCCAGGUGUUGGUGACGUUCAAGGAUAUUGUGGUGGACUUCACUGAGGAGGAGUGGGGGCUCCUAGACCUUUCUCAGAAGGAACUGUACAAGGAGGUCACGCUGGAGAAUGUCCAGAACCUGCUCUGCCUGGGUACAGAGACUGGGCUUGAAGUGAACAAGAUGACUACAAAGCUGAGCAUUUUGGUGGAAGAAUGUGGUCUGCAAAGAUUCAUGAUUGAUGAUCCCUCUGACUUCAAUUGGAGAGAAAUUAAAGAGAAGUUUUAUAAAUGUAAUGAAUGUGGGAAGACUUUCUGCUACAGAUCACUCCUUAUUUGCCAUCAGAGUAUCCAUACUGGCAAGAAACCUUAUGAAUGUAAACUGUGUGGAAAGACUUCAGAUAAAGCUUCAGAUAUGGCUUUACAUGAGAGAAUUCACAGUAGGCAGAAAAUCUACAAAUGUAAUCAAUGUGGAAAAGUUUUCAGAUACAACUCCAGUUUUACUAAACACCAGAGACUCCAUAACGCAGAGAAACCUUAUGAAUGUGACCAUUGUGGAAAGGCUUUCCGAAAGAACUCCCAUCUUGCUGCCCAUCAGAGAAUCCACACUGGAAAGAAAUCUUUUGAAUGUAAUCGAUGGGAAAAGACUUCAGAUAAAUCUUCAGAUAAAGCUUUACAUCCAAGAAUCCACAUUAGAGAGAAAGCCUAUGAAUGUAAUCAGUGUGGAAAGACUUUCACGCAGAGAGCCAAUCUUGCUUUACACCAGAGAAUUCACACUGGAGAGAAACCUUACGAAUGUAAUCAGUGUGGAAAGGCUUUCACCAAGAGCUCAAAUCUUGGUGUACAUCAGAGAAUGCACACUGGAGAGAAACCUUAUGAAUGCAAUCAAUGUGGAAAAGCUUUUAGAUACAGCUCCAGUCUUACUGAGCAUGAGAAAAUUCACACUGGAGAGAAACCUUAUGAAUGUAACCAAUGUGGAAAGGCUUUCACACGGAACUCCCGUCUUGUUUUACAUCAGAGAAUCCACACUGGAGAGAAACUUUUUGAAUGUAAUCAGUGUGGGAAGGCUUUUACACAGAGCUCCAGUCUCACAGUACAUCGGAGAAUCCACACUGGAGAGAAACCUUUUGAAUGUAGUCAGUGUGGAAAGGCUUUCAGAGAGAGCUCCCAUCUCGGUGCCCAUCAAAGAAUCCAUACUGGAGAGAAACCUUAUGAAUGUAAUCAAUGUGGAAAGGCUUUCACGGAGAGCUCCCAUCUUAGUGCCCAUCAGAGAAUCCACACUGGAGCAAAACCUUAUGAAUGUAAUCAGUGUGGAAAGGCUUUCACAAAGAGCUCUAGUCUUACUGUACAUCAGAGAAUGCAUACUGGAAAGAAACCUUUUGAAUGUAAUCAGUGUGGAAAGGCUUUCACACGAAAAUCCCGUCUUGCUGCACAUCAGAGACUCCACAGUGAGGAGAAACUUUUUGAAUGUAAUCAAUGUGGAAAGACUUUUACACAGAGCUCGAGUCUUGCAGUACAUCAGACAAUCCACACUGGAGAAAAGCCUCAUCAAUGUAACCAGUGUGGGAAAGCUUUUACACGACGGGGCAAUCUUGCUGCACAUCAGAAAAUUCACACUGGAGAGAAACCAUUUGAAUGUAUACAAUGUGGAAAGACUUUCAGAAUCCGAUCUAGUCUUGCUAAACAUCAGAAGAUCCACACCGGAGAAAAAUCUCAUCAACGUAAUUAAUGUGGAAAGACUUUCAUAAAGAGCUUCAAACUUGCUGCAUAUCAGAGAUUCCACACUGGAGAGAAACUUCAUGAGUGUCAUGAAAGUGGCAGAGCUUUUAGUUACCAUUCUUAGCUUUUUCUAAAUGAAGGGUAUAUACAAUGGCAAGAAACCUUGUGAGUGUAAUCAAGGUGGAAAGAUAUUCACAAGGAUUUCGCAUGUUGGUUCCCGUCAGAGAAUCCACCCUGGAGGAAAAGCUCAUGGAUGCAAUCAGUGGGAAUGACUUUUAGAAUCAUCUGCAUUCUUGCUGUACAUGAGAGUAUUCACAUUGAGGA